AUGCCGGCGGACGAACAACAGCAGCAACAAGUCCCGCGCGAGGGCGCGACUAACACGGAGCCAACCUGCAGAGUGUAUGUGGGUAACCUCUCGUGGAAGGUGAGGUGGCAAGAUUUGAAGGAUCACAUGAAGCAGGCGGGCGAGGUCGUGCGGGCCGACGUUUUCGAGGACUACCAGGGCCGCAGCAAGGGCUGUGGUAUUGUCGAAUACACAAACGUCGAGGAUGCCCAGAAGGCUAUCAAAGAGCUGACUGACACGGAGCUGUUCGAUCGGUUGAUUUUUGUGCGCGAAGAUCGUGAAGACGGACACAAGUUCAGCGGCGGCCGCGGAGGCGGGUAUGGAAGCAGGGGAGGUUACGGGGGUAGAGUGGGAGGCCCGAUGUGGGCAGGCGGCUACUAUGGAGGUGGAGGGAUGUAUAGAGGCAGAAGCGGCGGGGGCUACUACGGGGGCUAUGGCGCACGAUUCAACGGCCCGCCUCCCUACAGCAUGUACGGCGACAUGGGCUACUACGGUCCCCGGGCAUUCCGCGGACGCGGUGGCAUGCGCGGAGGCAUGCGCGGCGGUUUUGGAGCAUACGGCGGCGGCUUCCGAGGUGGCCGCGGAGGAUACGCCGGCGGUGGCGGCAGCCAUGGUGAUGGAAGCGGGCGGCAGGUGUUCGUCUCCAACCUUCCGUGGAGGACGUCGUGGCAAGAUCUGAAGGACUUGUUCCGGGAAUGCGGUGAAGUCGUCAGGGCCGACGUCAUGACGAUGCCCGAUGGGAGGUCGAAAGGUAUGGGAACUGUCCUCUUCGCCAGUCCGGAAGGCGCCCAGCGCGCUAUGGAGAUGUUCAACGAAUACAUGCUUGAUGGUCGCCCCAUUACAGUCCGAAUUGACCGAGAUGCUUAG